AAAACGAAAAGGAAGAAGAUUCAUCCUCGAAAUAUCAUAGAACCUUUUGCCCUUGAUUUUUCGUCUCCUGUUUUCUUUUUCACCAAUUCACUGACUUUCAACUUCCUGACCCCUUUUUUUCAUUCUAUUCUCCUCGAGUUUUUCCAUUCGAAUACAAAUUCCAAUUCCGUCAUCUCAUACCUCCAUCUUUCUAAGUUUAUCAUAUUCCAAUCUUCACCAUGCCGAGAAACAGAAUAAACGUUCCUCUUAUCGAAUUCUUAAAGAACCGUAUAUAUCUCGGAGCUUAUGAUUUCACUCCUCCUGAUACUAAUGACCUUGUUUAUUUCACAGUAGAAGAUGUCUUGGCUUAUAACCCUUUCCAUCUUGAUUUUGGUCCUUUACACAUUGGAAGUUUAUACAGAUUUGCAGUCAUUUUACAUAAUAUUUUGAAUGAAGAAUCAAAUCAGGGUAAAGCAAUUGUUUUUUAUUCAAGUACUUCUCCUAAAGAAAGAGCCAAUGCUGCUUGUCUUCUCUGUUGUUAUAUGGUAUUAGUUCAAUCUUGGUCUCCUCAUCAAGUUUUACAACCAAUUUCUCAAGUUGAUCCUCCUUUGCAACCUUUCCGUGAUGCUGGUUAUUCAAAUGCUGAUUUUGAAAUAACUAUUCAAGAUGUGGUUUACGGGAUGUGGAGAGCAAAAGAAAGAGGUAUGAUUGUUUUAACAAAAUUUAAUCUAGAAGAAUAUGAACAAUAUGAAAGAGUGGAAGAAGGUGAUUUUAAUGUAAUUUCAAAAGAUUUCAUUGCUUUUGCCUCGCCAAAACAAAAUUCAAGAAGAAAUGGAUUGAAUGAGCCUUUCCGUAAAGUUUUAAAUUAUUUUAUGAUGAAUAAUGUUGACUUGGUUGUUCGUCUUAAUUCUCAUCUUUAUGAUUCUUCAGAAUUUACUAAAAGAAAUAUUCAACAUAUCGAUAUGAUUUUUGAAGAUGGUACUUGUCCAAGUUUAGAAUAUGUUCAAAAAUUCAUUGGUGCUGCUGAAUGUGUUAUUCAAAAAGGUGGUAAAGUUGCAGUUCAUUGUAAAGCUGGUUUAGGUCGUACUGGUUGUUUAAUUGGUGCUCAUCUUAUUUAUACUCAUGGUUUUACUGCUAAUGAAUGUAUAGCUUAUAUGAGAAUGAUGAGACCUGGGAUGGUUGUUGGUCCUCAACAACAUUGGUUAUAUUUACAUCAAAAUGAUUUUAGAGACUGGAGACAUACUAUGUGUUUGGAUGAUAGACCCGAUGAAAUGAUAGGUGGGUUAUAUCCUUUAACUUCUUAUGAAGAAUUAAAAGCAAGAUUAAAACAAGAAGCAAAACAACGUAAAAUCCAACAUCAACAACAAAUUAAUUCUUCAAUGAGUCAUAUUGAUUCUUCUUUCAAUACACCAAUUAGAAGACGUAAGAUUAGUGGUGCUCUAGCUGCUAAAAUUCAAACAGCAGUGCCAGUGGAAUCUCCUGGUCAACCAAGAAAAUAUCAAGAUCAAGAUGAGAAUUCGGGCGUAGUGGAAGUUAUUAAUAAUUCUGAUGAAGAAGAUGUUGACGAUGAUGAUAACGUUGAAAAUGAUGAUAUUAUAAUUGGUAAUGGUACCGAAAGUAUGGUUCAAGAAAUUCCAAGUCCUUCUCCUCCUUCGCCGCCUCCUUCAAAUUUACCUCAAGUUAAAACUCCUAAAACCUCUCAUUCUGCCAAUACUUCUACUCCUUAUGAUGUUGAAGCUGAAAUUCAUAACGCCGAUGGUACUGUACUAAAUAGCUCUCCGAAACGAGAGUCAAGUAUUCCAAAUUCUAAUGAUUGGAAAGUUUUACGAUCUAUUUCAACAAAUAGUGCUUCUAAUCAACCUUGUCAUCUCACUAAAACUACUACAACAACAACUACAAGAACUGUUAGUACGACACUAUCGUCUUCACCGCGACAGUCUUCUGGAUCAGCUAAUGGAAGUGGUGUUAAAACUCCAAAGUCUAGAUCCGGUAGUCGACCAUCGUCUGGAAUGAUCGUUUCUAGUGGUAAAGUUGGUAUAACAAGUCCUGGUCAUGGUCAUUCCCAUAGUCAAUCUCAUCUGCAUAAUCCUCAUAGUCAUCAUAAUGUUCAUAAUGUUCAUGGAUCUCGAGUUCAAUCAUCCGGAAUUCGCAAAGUCAGUAGUGGGGUCAGUCCCCGAAAAUAUUAAAGGUAUUUUCAAUAACUUAAUGGCUCAAGGUUUAAUCAUGUAAAUUAGAAUAUUCAACUUGUUCUACUUCUCCAAUUUUUCAUCUUAAAAAUUCUUGUUUUAUCCCUCUUGUUCCUGGCAAUUGUGAUUAAAACUGGGAGUUUUUUCUAUUCCUUCUCUUUCGUCUGUCUUUCCUGUUCUCUCUUUUUUUUCAUAUCGUUUCGAAUAUUGUUUACUUCUUUUUUUUUG